UAAAUAGCGGCCUCGCUCCCUCGGCUCCUCUCCGCACCCUCCCGGCCUCCCCAACAACAUGCAUGUCACGGUUUCGCUCGGGUCCUGCUGCCUUCUACUGCUCCUGGGGGCUCUGCCUGCGCGGGCAGCCCAUGAUGACCCCAUCGAGAGGGUCAUAGAAGGGUUCAGCCGAGGGCUGAGCAACGCAGAGAGAGAGGUGGGCAAGGCCCUUGAAGGCAUCAACAACGGGAUCACUCAAGCUGGAAGGGAAGUGGAGAGAGUUUUCGAUGGACUGAGCAACAUGGGGAGCCAGGCCGGCAAUGAGCUGGACAAGGCGGCCCAUGGCAUCAACAAUGGCAUCGGACACGCAGAAAAGGAAACAGAGAAGUUAACCCAUGGGGUCAACCACGCUGCUGGACAGGUUGGGAAGGAGAAAGACACAAUCAUCCAUCAUGGGGGCCACCACGGGGUCAACCAGGCGGGCAGUGAAGCAGGGAGGUUUGCUCAGGGGACCCACCAUGCUGCGGGGCAGGCUGGAAACGAGGCUGGGAGGUUGGGACAGGGGGCCCACAAUGCUUUGGGCCACGGUUGGAAAGAGACAGAGAAAUUUGGCCAAGGGGCUCACCACGCUCUCAGUCAGGGUGGGAAGCAGACAGAGAAGUUAGGUCAAGGGGCCCACCAUGCUCUCAGUCAGGGUGGGAAGCAGACAGAGAAGUUGGGUCAUGGGGCUCACAAUGCCUUUGGUCAGCCUGGGAGAGAGGCAGAGAAAUUUAGUCAAGAUGGUCACCAUGCGUUUGGUCAGCCUUCGAAGGAAGCAGAGAGUGUCGGUCAGGGGGCUCACCACGCUCUCAGUCAGGGUGGGAAGCAGACAGAGAAGUUAGGUCAAGGGGCCCACCAUGCUCUCAGUCAGGGUGGGAAGCAGACAGAGAAGUUAGGUCAAGGGGCCCACCAUGCUCUCAGUCAGGGUGGGAAGCAGACAGAGAAGUUAGGCCAAGGGGUUCACAAUGCCUUAGGCCAGGCUGAGAAGGAAGCACAGAAGUUUGGUCAAGGGGUUCACAAUGCCUUUGGCCAGGCUGGGAAGGAAGGAGGGAAAGUGAUACAAGGAGCUGGUCAGGGACUUAGCCACGCCGCAAUGGAGGCACAGCAGUUUGGCCACGGUCACGGCCAUAGCUAUUAUGCUGCAGGGCAGGCUUGGCAAGAGGGAGACAGAGCGAUGUAUCCUGGAGUCAACCAGGCUGGGAGCGAGAUGGAGAAAUCUGGCCAGGGUGUCCACCAUACCAUUGACCAGGCUGUAAAGGAGACAGAGAGAGUUGGCCAAGGGGUCCACAAUGGGGUCAACCAGGCCAGUAAGGAGACAGAGAGAGUUGGCCAAGGGGUCCACACUGGGGUCAACCAGGCCAGUAAGGAGAUAGAGAGAGUUGGCCAAGGGGUCCACACUGGGGUCAACCAGGCUAGUAAGGAGAUAGAGAGAGUUGGCCAAGGGGUCCACACUGGGGUCAACCAGGCCAGUAAGGAGAUAGAGAGAGUUGGCCAAGGGGUCCACACUGGGGUCAACCAGGCCAAGGAGGAGGCAGAGAAAGUUGGCCAAGGGGUCAACUAUGCUGCUGGCCAGGCCGAGAAGGCAACGGAGAAGCUUGGCCAAGGUGUCGACCAUGCUGCUGGCCAGGCCGGGAAGGAAAUGAACAGGUUGCAGCAAGAUGUUCAUAAUGGGGUCAACCAAGCCAGCAAGGAGGCCAACCAGCUGCUGAAUGGCGCUCACCAAGGCGGGUACACAGGCCAACACGGAGGGGCAGGGGCCGCAACCACUACAGCAGUUUCUGGGGCCUCGGUCAACAAGCCAUUUAUCAACUUCCCAGCUCUGUGGAGGAGUAUCGCCGCCAUCAUGCCCUAAACUGAUGCCCAGCUGCCAUGGCCUGGAGGAGCUGGGGGUGGUGAGGGAGAGCUUCCUGGGUGUCCUUAAAGGGGCUGCUUUGAGCUUUGUGAAUAAACACGAACACACUGUCCUUUCUCA